AUGCAGUACGUGGGUGACGCCACGAGGCACUUCUCCACGUCCCAGUUCAAUUUGCUCGGUAGCACCAUGGACCAGAUGAGCAGCCGUGCGGCCCCUGGCAGCCCCUACACCCCGGAGCACGCGGCCAGCGCGCCCACCCACUCGCCCUACGCGCAGCCCAGCUCCACUUUCGACACCAUGUCGCCGGCGCCCGUCAUCCCGUCCAACGCCGACUACCCGGGGCCACACCACUUCGAGGUCACCUUCCAGCAAUCCAGUACCGCCAAGUCGGCCACCUGGACGUACUCCCCGCUGCUAAAGAAACUCUACUGCCAAAUCGCCAAGACCUGCCCCAUCCAGAUCAAGGUGUCCACCCCACCACCCCCAGGCACUGCCAUCCGGGCCAUGCCCGUCUACAAGAAGGCGGAACAUGUCACCGAGGUGGUGAAGCGCUGCCCUAACCACGAGCUUGGAAGGGACUUCAAUGAAGGACAGUCGGCCCCAGCCAGCCACCUUAUCCGCGUGGAAGGAAACAACCUGUCGCAGUACGUGGAUGACCCGGUGACCGGCAGACAGAGCGUCAUGGUGCCCUACGAGCCCCCCCAGGUGGGGACAGAAUUCACCACCAUCCUCUACAACUUCAUGUGUAACAGCAGCUGCGUGGGUGGCAUGAACCGAAGGCCCAUCCUUAUCAUCAUCACCCUGGAGACCCGAGACGGGCAGGUUCUGGGCCGAAGGUCGUUUGAAGGCCGCAUCUGCGCCUGCCCGGGCCGAGACCGAAAAGCAGACGAGGACCACUACCGCGAGCAGCAGGCCCUGAAUGAGAGCGCCGCCAAGAACGGCAUCGCCAACAAGCGUGCCUUCAAACAGAGCCCCCCUGCCAUCCCGGCACUGGGCACCAAUGUGAAGAAGCGACGUCAUGGGGAUGAGGACGUAUUCUACCUGCAAGUGCGAGGUCGGGAGAACUUCGAGAUCCUGAUGAAGAUCAAGGAGAGCCUGGAGUUGAUGGAGCUGGUGCCGCAGCCACUGGUGGACUCCUACAGGCAGCAGCAGCAGCUCCUGCAGAGGCCCCCUGUCCCUCACAGCCACCUGCAGCCCAGCUCCUAUGGGCCCGUGCUGUCCCCCGCCAACAAAAUGCACGGAGGAGUCAACAAGCUCCCGUCCGUCACGCAGCUGGUGGGCCAGCCUCCCUCACACAGCUCGGCACCAGGACCCAGCCUGGGGCCUAUGGGCCCUGGGAUGCUCACGCACCAUGGCCAGGCACUGCCAGCCAACGGUGAGAUGAAUGGGCCCCACAGCUCGCAGACCAUGGUCUCGGGAUCCCACUGUACCCCACCACCCCCCUACCAUGCCGACCCCAGCCUGGUUAGCUUCCUGACAGGACUGGGGUGUCCCAACUGUAUUGAGUAUUUCACCUCCCAGGGCCUACAGAACAUGUACCACCUGCAGAGCCUGACGAUAGAGGAUCUCGGGGCCCUGAAGAUCCCAGAUCAGUACCGCAUGACCAUCUGGCGUGGCCUGCAGGACCUGAAGCAGGGCCCAGACUAUGCGGCACAGCAGCUCCUGCGCUCCAGCAGCAACGCAGCCGCCACCAUCUCCAUCGGCAGCUCGGGGGAGCUGCAGCGCCAGCGCGUCAUGGAGGCCGUGCAUUUCCGCGUGCGCCACACCAUCACCAUCCCCAACCGUGGCCCCGCAGUGCCUGACGAGUGGGCUGACUUCGGCUUCGACCUGCCCGACUGCAAGGCCCGCAAGCAGCCCAUCAAGGAGGAGUUCCCUGAGAGCGAGGUCAACUGAGGGGUGUGUGAUUCCAGGGGGCAGGGGGCUGGACCCCCAUAGAUGCCUCGGCCCCCAUGGACAGCGGGCCUGGCUGCUGAGAACCCCGGAG